AUGUCGGACUCAGAAGAGGACAGUCAAGAUAAGCAACUUAAAAUUGUAGUCAUCGGAGACGGCGCAUCGGGGAAGGUGAGGGAUGAGUUAAUAGUUAGCUAGCAAGCUAGACUUGUUAUUUUGAGUAACGUUAACUGGCUAGCUAGCAACAUAGCUAGGUCGCGGGGGCCAAUUGGGUAAAUUACUGUGCAGUGGAUAACUUUAGCUCAGAAGUAUCUUACAGAAUUGUCAUGCGUAGCUGCGUUUGCUAGACCAACGUUUGGCUAUGCUUGUUAGCUGCUAAACUAGCUAACGUUAGCUCUUCAGCCAGGUAGAACAACCGUGAAACCAAACCACCGAGUUUUGUUCAAACAGGCAGUGUUUUUGUUUUAGCAUAGCUAGCUAUAUCCAAUACUGCUAAUUUAGUUGGUUAGUUAACGUUACCGUCUUAAUUUUGCACAACAGGGGCCAGGGGGAUGUUAAUAGCGUUAGUUCAUGUGGAGCAAACUAACGACAUGGGAACAAAGUCCAGUAAUUGUCAAUGAUGAGAGUUAGCUACUGUCCUCUGAAUUAUCUUCCCAACAGUCAGUGUCAACAGAAGGGACAAUUAGCCUGUGGUGCAUAACAUGUUGCCCGGCCACAGCCUGGUCUCAUAGACCAGACGCAACAUAGUAAACGUAAAUCCGGGACACUUGUUACCUUUGGUAGGCUGGACAAUAGAACGAGUCAAAAUUCACCCAAGGCUGAAAAAACGGAAAUAGAACGUUGGCUAAGCUGGAACACUAGCGCGAGCCCAUAGCAAAUGAAUUGAAUCAAACUUUUGCAGAGCCUAUUUUGACUGGAAUGAAGCUUAGAAUUACAUUUAGCCUAAAUGGCACAAAACAAAUGUAUCCCUUUUCAUAUUACCACUACAAUCUGUUCUUAGUACGAAACUGAAAAAAAUCCAACUUGUGUAGAAAGUAAACAUCUGCACCUCUGAUGUCAACUUUGCUUACGUCUAGUGAUCGAUGACAACCGAGCUCGCUGCCCAGACUUACAUAAUUACAAAGAGGAGAUUCUCUUGAUUUAAAAUGGCGUCCGACUUGAAAAAAUCAAAAUAUACACAUUGAGAGAUAUUUGGCGAAAUAGACCGGCAUGCUUCUCCAUAGGAAAACAAUGGGCGGAGCUCAGGGUCCUGUCAAGUUGCAAAAAGUAUUUUGGGGCUAGCAUUUGAUGACAACCGAGCUCGCUGUCCAGACUUACAUAAUUACAAAGAGGAGUGUCUCAUGAUUAAAAUGGUGCCCGACUUGAAAAAAUCUAAAUAUACACAUUGCGAGAUAUUUUGUGAAAUAGACAGACACACCUAUAUUUCCCCUAUAGAAAACAAUGAGACGACCUCAGAGUUCCAUGGGUAAUUUUUUGUUGUUGUUGACUUUUUAACUACCAGCGUGGGCAGGUCUCAUUGCCAACAAUAGCGAAGCAGGCAUUGUGACGUAGACCAAUGGGCUGGGAAUAGAACGUUCUGAAGGCGAGUUGGUGCCACAGUGCUCAAUAGAACUAAUAGGAGCUGGCAGGGUAAAAACUGCCCUAAACAAAGGCCUGUUUUUUGUUGUUGUGAUUACUUCAAAACUACGACAAGCAGCUAGGACAUAUGGUAAUAUUAUGAAACUGGGCUCCAUGGCGGAUGCAAUGAACACGUUUUUAUCAGAAAAAAACGUUGUUAAAAAUGUAAUGUGUCCAGACUACUUUUGGUAUGGUUACAUAAGACAGAAGGUUACUGAAGGCUGAAAGUGUUGGGUGGGCGUAGGUGUAUAACGUGAACGUCUAGCAACUAGAUAUGGUCAUUUUCACGUUUUCAUAAAUUCUUAGAAUGUUUGGGAAUUACCUUAACUAAGGCAUUUGUGAAAAUCCUAUAGCAAUGUAGAGUGGGAAAGCGGCCGUGCGUUUGGACUAUUAACUGCAGUAAAUAAAAUCUAAUAAAAACAUCUGUCUCGUCCGAGACCGGAGUCUACGCAGACCGUUGUGCCAUAGCCAAUCAGAGCUACAGUAGGCCUUUAUGCAAGCAAGCCAUUUGCCACACUGGCCUGCCAUCAUUCACUUUGAACUGGACUGUGUGUUUACAGGCAGUUGCAACAGUGCGACUUUAGAUCAUUAGAAAGCAUUCGCCAAAAGCCACAAAAUACACCUGAAUGGAUUUCUGCAAAUAUGUAAAUACCACGGGAGUCCUCUUACAUAUGGGAACUUUACAGACAUAUUGAUCAAACAACCAUGAAAGGUAGGCUCUCUCUCCCUCAGUUAUACACAUCAAUAACAACAAGAUCAACAACUAAUGCUAGCCAGAGCAAGAUUAACUAAACUCUAACAAAGGAACAUUAGAUAAACCCUCUCAAACUUUUUCAGCUAGUUACCCAUCAAAAUUGCACCGAUAAAUUAUGGGGAAUUGUAGCCUACAUGUCCUUCUGCAUCUCGCCUGCCAAUGUAUCACAACGUGUUUUUAGCUUGCUACAUAAAUAGAUACACUAGCCUAUUUGCCACGUUGUGACUGACGUGAUCAUUGCCCUUGCUAGUUGGAUUGUAUUGACAUACCCAGCCGUAGUUACAUUCAUCAGUUUUUGUCCAAAAUAUUGAGUAAUUGGAACUGAAACAGUGCAUCCCGAAUGGAGGCAGCAAACAAUGUACCAGUCCAGCUGUGAUUUACAACCUGAUAGCAAUAGUUUUUUUUACCAAGAAAAUUAUUCAUGAAUUAUAUUAAUCAUGCAGUGAACUGCAUCCAUCUAUUCUGCCAACAAUGCCUUAGUGCACGUCAUGGAAUGUUGAGUCAAAUAGAACCUAUUUAUAAAACCUCUUAUAAAGUUUGUUUUGUAGCAUUAUGAUUGUCUGUUUGUUUCAUAUUUGCAAAGUAGUUAAAACGCUGUCAGUUCCACUUUAAGAUUGACUCUCUCAGACAGGAUGAAAACUACUACAUCGACCAUGAUCCAUUGCUAGUUACGGCCACUUUCACCAUGAUCCAUUUAGCCCCAUUCAGCAAUAUGGCUCGCCUCAAAUUCGAAUACUUCCGGCUUCAUGCACUAUCGGGAGGUUUCCAUAGGAAUACGUGGAUGACGUCAGCACAAUCAUUAUCUACUGGUUUUAAUGUCAUGGUCUUAUUCUGGUGACAUGAUGAUCGAUGCUUUGCUGCCAUUUGACAAAUAAAAAUAAUCUUGCUCUUACCUAUAAUAAUCUCACCAUGUACGGUGAAUUCGGAAUAAGUGGGACACUUUUUGCAUUUAUGUCCUCUAACCUUUCUGACAUCUAUCCAACAUAUUAGCACAACACAUGAUACUUUUUCCAAAUUUUGUUACGUUACAGCCUUAUUCUAAGAUUGAUUAAAUUGGAACUCCGGAGCUCUGUUAGAGUGACCAUUGGGUUCUUGGUCACCUCCCUGACCAAGGCCCUUCUCUUCCGAUUGCUCAGUUUGGCCGGGCGGCAAGCUCUAGGAAGAGUCUAGGUGGUUCCAAACUUCUUCCAUUGAAGAAUGAUGGAGGCCACUGUGUUCUUGGGGACCUUCAAUGCUGCAGACAUUUUUUGGUACAUUUCCCCAGAUCUGUGCCUCGACACAAUCCUGUCUCGGAGCUCUACGGACAAUUCCUUCGACCUCAUAACUUGGUUUUUACUCUGACAUGCACUGUCAACUGUGGGACCUUAUAUAGACAGGUGUGUGCCUUUCCAAAUCAUGUCCAAUCAAUUGAAUUUACCACAGGUGGACUCCAAUUAAGUUGUAGAAACAUCUAAAGGAUGAUCAAUGGAAACAGGAUGCACCUGAGCUCAAUUUCAAGUCUCAUAGCAAAGGGUCUGAAUACUUAUGUAAAUAAGGUAUUUCUGUUUAUUUUGCUUUGUCAUUGUGGGGUAUUGGGUGUAAAUUGUUGAGGAUUUGUUUUCAUUUAAUCAAUUUUAGAAUAAGGCUGUAAUGUAACAGUGUGUAAAAAGGGAAGGGGUCUGAAUACAUUCCGAAUGCACUGUAUGCCUCUCUAUUUAAGCGUGGGAAUACUUGGGAACAGAUUUCCAAAAUGUAUAAUCACUGAGCUGAUUUCCUGGUCAAUUUACAGUAUUUUUUUUUCCAACAACGAAAAAAACUAUGAAAAACACUCAAUGGUGUUCCUAAUGAUUUGUUCACUAUAUGCUCCAGUCUUCAAUUGUUCAGAGGGAGAUUGCUAAAGUAAGCACUGUUACUGUGUAACAGAUCUAUAAACUGUUUCAAAGAUAGCAUAGUGGAUUUAAAUCUGUCAUGAAUCCAGUCUUGUAAACCUAUUAAUCGUACCUGACCCUUAAUCCAGGUUGCAUGUGCUGUUGGAGGGAUUUUCUGUCAAACUUUGGACCAUGGUACUCUGGUUGUCUAAUUUUACUAUUGUAGCCAGUGAUUACAGGUAGGCCACACAGGUGUGUGUGUGUGUGUGUGUGUGUGUGUGGACCACACAAUAAAUGAAGUUUCUGUAUUGCCUAGUACAAGGUAGACUCGCAGCCUAUCCUAGGUACAGAGCAUUCGGAAAGUAUUCAGACCCCUUCCCCUUUUCCACAUUUUGUUACGUUACAGCCUUAUUCUAAAAUGGAUUAAAUACAUAUUUUUCCUCAUCAAUCUACACACAAUACCCCAUAAUGACAAAGGGAGAACCGUUUUUUUUUAAAGAACAUUUUGCAUAUACAUAUAUAUAUAUAUAUAUAUAUAUAUAUAUAUAUAUAUAUAUAACAGAUACCUUAUUUACAUAAGUAUUCAGACCCUUUGCUAUCAGACUCAAAAUUGAGCUGAUAGCAAAGGUGCAUCCUGUUUCCAUUGAUCAUCCUUGAGAUGUUUCUACAACUUGAUUGGAGUUCACCUGUGGUAAAUUCAAUUGAUUGGACAUGAUUUGGAAAGGCAGACACCUGUCUACAAUUUAAAACCUGUUCUCACAUAAUUAAUAUUGUAGGUCUAGGUUACAGGGGAAUAAUAUAGUCCUAGGUCUAUUUGCUCACUCAGGUAUACUAUUCAAUGUAGAUAAAAUAGUGUCUAGAAUCUCAAAAUCAGCUUGAUCGUUGAGUAGGGGAAAAAGUUUAUCCUACAUUUUUUAAGUGAACUGUCUCCUUGCCGUAAUCUAUAUUCAGGACUUAGGGUUGUUUUCUCAUUUGACUCCCUGCUGCAGAAGCAGCGCUUUAACAUGACCGUUGUGGCUUUGCAGUCAUGACCGAUUCAUUCAUAUGAACCAGCAGGGGGCAAGUCUCAGUCUGCAGAAAUGGUAUUGACCUCGCUCCAGAUUGCACACAUCUUUAAGACUCAUAUGCUGUUAUUCUUGUUAAAAACCGUCCACAGGCAUUUAUUGUUUUCUUAAUGAGAAACGUUCAGUUCAUGCCUAUGCUCUUCUAUUACGUUUAGAGUAGAACCAACUGUGGUAGAAGUUUAGUGGGAAGAGGCUGGAGAGUUCUGCAGUGAUUAAAUGUUCAGGCGGUGUCUGAAUCAUUGUUAGGCUACUUGCUUGCUGUCAAAACUGAGGACAGUAAUAAAACCAGUCACCAUUCUGGACACACAUAAAAAAAUUAAUCGAAACUUGUAUUCACCUCACCUACAUUUUUUUUACAUUUUAUGCAUAUGCUUUAGACCCAGGCUAGGCUGUUUAUUACCACAAAUAUUUAAUGAGUCUUUCAUUCAUUCUGUUCUUGGUAGAAAUAGGCUUAUAUUUUCCAGACCCAGGCUCUAUAGCCAACUUUGCAGAAUAGCCUACAUGCAUGUGUUAAGUUCAGAUUUAUUAAAAUGUUAAUUUAUGGACAAAUGUUUUGUAUGAGACUGCUUGGUCUACGUGCUCAUAAUGCAGGUAAAUGUACCAACAUUUUUCUCUGCCACAGCACAGACAGGAGGCGGCAAGGCAAAGAGGUUGUCAUGACAACGCUGCAAUGUUUCUUCUUCAGCGCAUCUCUGAAUCCUCAAAUGAUUGUGCGAAUGCGCUGCAGUGAUUUUUAAGGGUUUUUCGGCUUCACUAGCCUCUCUUGAAAGUAAUGUCCCCCCCUCUGAGAGAAAUAACACAAAUGGAGCAGUUAGCCUAUGUAGGCUCAACAAGAAAAAUGAAUGUUCCCAGUCUGAGAAGUCCUUCAGGCGGACAGAGAACACACACAGCUUAGUUUUCAGUAGAAAUGCUACAUUAAUAACCCCCCUCACACUGCUGCCAGGUGUCAGUUCAUCACUGUCUCCAUGACUUACCUGCUUGUCUGUUUUGGGCAGAAAACAUGACCCCUACCCCUAUUUUGAAUGGGCACCAGUGACUGACAUCUUGAAUGCUGUUUCCCCCCUUAUUAAUGUCAAUUUGCUCAGCAAAUUGCAAUCGGAUCAGUUUUUCUUGGACGGCAUCUUGCGGGGUAUUUUCACAUACGGUUGUCCAUUCAGAAAUAUGGGGGGGAGAUGUGUGAAGGCUUGUCCACCACCUGAGGUAGGAGCUGUCAAAAAUAUGGAUGCUCACAGUUUCAUCAGGCCUCACAUGGCAUUACAGAAGCUAAAGGACUUUUAACUCGACAUAUUUGUGUUGUUUGAAAUGUGAUGAAAUAGCAUAGCCUACAUGCAGAGUAGGAAUUGAUCAACUAUCCUAAAUCUAAGAUAUGUAGGCAUACUUGUCAGCAUAUGGUCCCCUUUGAUAUUUUUUGUAUUUAAUUUUUGUAAAAGAAAUUUGGGGGGGUAGAUCAGCUUUAAUAUUGAAGAUAGAUUGUAACUUCCAUCAAUGUAAUUGUCUGCAUCACUUCUAAUCCCCCAUAUGUUUUUUUUUCUUUUUCUCGCAAAUAUAAAUCCUUUUGAAAAAUAUAUUUCCCUUUAUUGGUCCCCUUUGUUGGCUAGAAAGCAGCCUAACUAAGCUAACUAUGCUCAUAUUAAAUAUUAGUGACGUCGCAUCAUGGACAUACUGUGGCUUGCUAUCUCUCUCUCUCUCUCCCCUCCCUUUCUCUCUCUCUCUCUCUUCUCUUCUCUCCCCUCCCCUUCUCUCUCUCCCCCCUCUCUCUCUCUCUCUCUCUCUCCACCUCUCUCUCUCUCCUCCACCUCUCUCUCCUCUCUCUCUCUCCUCCACCUCUCUCUCUCUCCUCCACCUCUCUCUCUCUCCUCCACCUCUCUCUCUCUCCUCCACCUCUCUCUCUCGCUCUCUCUCUCUCUCUCUAUUUUCUCUCAAUGGAACUUCCCUCAUUUCCCGGCAGUGGUAUCAUUGGUGACCUUGUGCCAUCUCCUUAUUGAAGAGAAGUUUGGAUUACGCCAGCUUUUACAUGCCCUGGUUAGUAUGGUGGAAAAAAAGGGUCCUAUGAAGAGGGAGUAGAGCCAAGCUACUGGAAUGCCAAGACCAAUGGCUCCCUAAGCCAACGCCAGCAUGUGGAAUAGAUUGUUGUUAUCCGGGAUAGUUAUUCCUGUGUUGUCAGUGAUUGUGUGGGCUACUUAAAUGGUCAAUUUUCUCCUUGUUGCGUCAGUCACCUCCAGUAAGUUGUCACUCACCAUAGAGCUUGUGAAAUGCUCAACAAGACAACUUUUCAGACCUUUUGGUCAACGCACGAUUUCAGAGUCACAGGCUUAAGUUUAACGAAAAUAUAAGGACACUGCAACCUAUGUAGAAAGCGUUGGCCUCAAAUGUAUUUGGGGUAUUUCAGUCUAAUGAAGAUCUGUCCUAUUCAGCCACUUGAGAAACAGCUGCCAAGAUGACUCCUCUUCAGCGAUUCUAGUUGGGAUAGACCUUACAAUACUGUACAGCGGAGUUGCAACCUAAUGACUGACUGAAAUUGGGCAUGUUUUGAUGGCGUAAAGAGUUGAAAUAGCCUAUGCUUGACUGUUUUGACUAAUGUAGAUAGCAGGUUUAAUUGUAGUCCCCUGUGCCUUCCCUGUCGUUGUCUGUUCCAUAUGACUUUUCUGUCCUUUAUUUUUGACUUAUUGCUGGCAUAACUUGAAAUGUCAGAAAAUAAAUGGCAGUAGAUUAAGUGAAUAAGUGAAUGCUCUGUGGACAUAAAGAAACCAUUUAUUUCAAAUUCUAUAACCUUCAGUGAUAGUAGUCAAGUAGUACAUAAAAUGAAUUCACCGCAGGAAUACUUAGGAAGCCCCACUGUUCCAUUAUUCCUCCAUGCUUAUGUAAGCACACUGCUCUAAAGAUAGCUAAUAGACAUCCAGUGCUUUUUUUUUCUUGUACUCAUCCAUCAAAAUGAAUUAAACUUGGCAUGUCAAGUCUGUGCUGUGAAUUCCCAUGCUUUUCAGACUAGCCUAGUGACAUUGAGAGAUGGAGUUUUGUAAUUUCGUGCAGGUGGCAAUUAGAAGCUGUAGUUAGGAUGCAUGACUCGUCUACUCAGACACCUGUUUUCUUAAUUCACUUGGAUUUUUACAGUCAGACAGGCCUUGAUAGCUUUGCGAGACAGCAGAGGUAAUUACUUUAGCUUACCUCACUUUAAUUACAAUGGCUAGGGUAAAUCUCUUCCCAAGCAUUUUUUUUUUUUUUAAACAGAGAAAAAUCAUGGGCCCAGUUCAUUUGGAGUUAUGAAUAGGCCUAGUUGUCAUACAGAACUGAACACCACUCCAACUCCAACACUCAGGCUUGUUCAUAAGGCUUGAAUUCAACUUCUUUAGUCGUUUUAUUGGCAGGACAAGGGUCUUAGCAUGAUCUCUCUCUCUGUUUCAGACGUCACUCGCCACCAGGUUUGCGCAGGAGGCCUUUGGGAAACAGUACAAACAGACCAUUGGCCUGGAUUUCUUUCUGAAGAGAAUAACUCUGCCAGGUAAGACACCUUCAUCCUUUGGUUCUUUCUGAAGAGAAUAACUCUGCCAGGUAAGACACCUUCAUACUUUGGUUCUUUCUGAAGAGAAUAACUUUUCCAGGUAAGACACCUUCAUCCUUUGGUUCUUUCUGAAGAGAAUAACUCUGCCAGGUAAGACACCUUCAUACUUUGGUUCUUUCUGAAGAGAAUAACUUUUCCAGGUAAGAUGCCUUCAUCCUUUGGUUCUUUCUGAAGAGAAUAACUCUGCCAGGUAAGACGCCUUCAUCCUUUGGGAUUGCCGGCCUGCUCUGUACCACACCACAGAUACAGGCACACACACACACAAACGCAGGCACACAUGCACACACACACGUGCAUACUGUAGUCUACCUGUUGGAGCAGUGUUUCCCAAAUUCGGUCCUGGAGAUCCCAAGGGAUGCACGUUUUGGUUUUUACCCUAGCACUACACAGCUGAUUAAAAUGAUCAGAGCUUGAUGAUUAGUUGAUUAUUUGUAUCAGCUGUGUAGUGCUAGGACAAAAACCAAAACGUGCACCCCUUGGGGUCCUGAAGACCGAGUUUGGGAAACCCUGCGUUAAAGGCACGUUGAUGUAAGAUGCUGCAGUGUCUGACUUUAAAUCUAUUCAAUACUGCUUAUGAAACAUGCAUAUCUAAAAGUAUUUAGACGUUAUUAAAGUAGCCUACUUGGAAUUUAUUACAUUUCUUUUUACACAAGCUGUAUGUGAAUUUCUUGAUUAGUUUGCCAAUUUUAGUUUGUGCACAAUUUCUCUUUUCAUUUUUUUACACAAAGCAUUAGAAUGAAAAUGUCUAAAUUUAUUUUCAAAUUGUUUAAAAAUGUGUUGCAUUUUGUAUUUCCUUCCCCAGCGUUUUAUGGUAGAACCGAACUAUUUUGUUCCUCAGGUUAUCUCAGGACUUUCAAUGUGUCUUUCUUGGUAGCACCACAUUGUGGAGAGUCUGCCACUUCUCAGCCUUAUUCAUUCUGAAAGCUGUUCUCUCUAGGGCAAACACCAGGCUUUUUUCCCUCCAUGAAGCCAAUGGACAGCUUAUGUCCAGAGAGGCGAGCCUUACACAUAAUUCUGUGGGCACAGUACAGAGUAAAUACAUUUAGCAUUUUAUAUUCAUAUCCCGGGGUUCAACUGAUCUUUGUUCUGAACCACAUAAAACAUUCAUGUUCUUAUUUGUUUAUUUUCAAACCCACGGAAAUAAAGCCUCGCUCUGUAUCCUCUUAGAUGUGUAAAAUAAAUGUUUAUUGACUAAUGUUAUAUUUAGACUAAAGCCCUCCGUUUUCACUUCCUACCAUAUGGCAUGAGGAUUUUCAGCAUUUUAAAUUGCAUAUUUAAAACAGUGCCAAGAUAUAAAGCUGCAAAACUCUGCAAAGUAGCUCCAUUCUUUUAUGACUAAUAAAAUAAAAUGUAAGCAAGGGUGGAUUAAGUACUAAAAUAAAUAUAUGACAACUUGAAGCUAUUACAUUUAGUCCUAUAUUCAGUUUCAGUUGGUAAUAGUAGGAGAAAGCAAACCAUUAACGUUUUAGUAGAGAUAAUUAGGCAGACCUUGGUGAAAAUUGGGAAAGGAUUCAAUGAGAAAAUCACACAAAUAAUGCCAAUCUUAGUUCUUCUGAUUCUGGUAAAACUAGUUGAGAACCAUUACUGCAGCACAGCAAGACACGUAGAUAUAAUAAUAGUAGACGUUGGUUCAACACUAGAGUUGUUAAAUGGCACAUUUUCUGGGGGAUUGGGUUCUGUUGACCUGAUGAAGAGGAUGGCUGUGUCUGCCGUUUGGGUGGUCCUGAGCUUCGUUAGGACCCACGUCCGCCUUCGACUGGAUGUGUUGUGUGGCUCUCUGGGGUUGUAUGGGGCUCUAUGGGGCUCUCCAAGAUGGGGGGGAGAGUAUAGCCGGCGCUGGCCCCUCUCACCGUGAAGGCCCAGCUUGUCAAACUUAAUGUACAUUUUCCAACGCGUGGAGAGGUGAGGUGAGGCGAGGCCGAUUGGCACACAAACUCUUCUUUGUGUGCUUUUAACAAUACCUCUUCCAGAUGUUUCAUGUUUGGUCUGUGAAUUAAUACUUAUCAAAAUGGUAAUGUUUUGAUAGUGUAUUUAUUGGGUUCCACUGAACAUUGCUAAUAGCUAAUGAAGACUACUAAAAACACAAAAACAGCCACAAACUCACCACGUAAGCAGGGAAACUUUGGGUCUGUUGAGUAUUUUAAACAUAAAUAAAGUAUGUGUCCGAGUGCAGGGGAUGGGUGGGGAUAGCUCACAUACUGUAACACCAAGGGCAGUUAUUCAUUGCACUCUUCAAUGUAGCUUUACAUUGACACUGUAUAGUCUAGAUGUAGUCACUGUGAACACUCGUGCUUCCUUCCUCUGAGAAACAGGGACUUGUGUGGUGGGGGUCGGCUCGUCCAGCCGUGUCCACACUGUACGCUCGGCUCGGCUCGCCAUAAGCGCUCUAGGCCAAUGAAGGGCCCUCAUCACACCGACAAACUCCUCACUGUCUGGUCCUCCCUUCUCUUCUUUUCUCAACCACCCCUUUCAUUUUCCAGAGGAAGAAAAUAUUUAUUUGGAUUUGGUUUUGUACCCCGUCCCUCUCUCUCCCUCUCCCCACCUCCCUCCUAUAUAAAUUGGGACAGUAGUCUUCUUUUGCUUCUUAUUUUGUGUUUAAUUAUCUGUAUUUUUCUUAACACCACAUAUAUUUCUCCUCGACUUGGCAGAGUACGACACAAUGCAAACAGCUAUUCCCAGGCUAAUAAGUGCUCUUUUUUUUUUUUCUUCGUCCGGGGUAUUGAGAAUGUUUAAAUUACAGGGUAAGCAUACCUAUUCAUCCCCCUGAAUCUCUCCUCUGGAUAUUCUUGGAUGUGGAGUGUGUGUGACCUGCCAGAGGCGAGUGGUUAAAAAUGAAAGAUUAAUCUCUGAUUUAUUGUUUCCAAUAUGUACAUGAACAACGUCAACGUUUUAUUAUAGAAAUCCCUCUCCAGAAAUAUAGGCUCCGGUUACGGCUGACUCGUGAUUUCCCCAAGAUUAUGAGCUUUGUUAAAACAAACGCUUAUAAAGGGGACCAAAACAACCCAGACGGAAUGCUCACAAAUUACAGUACAAUUGAAUUUUGGCUUCUCUUGUCACAUUAUUUUCCAGUUGAUCGACUUACUUUCACUUUUUAGUCAGAAGUUGAUCAUGUCAAAAAUAAGCUAACAAGUCAAGCCAAAUGUUGAUAGUUUUGUAAUAUGUGUGCUUUCAUUGCAGCAGCGUUUGUUUGAAACAUUGAAGUCAGUGAAUAAUUUCUAAUGAUUUAAGUUUCUCCAUUUCUUCUUCCCUUAGGCAACUUGAAUGUUACCCUGCAAGUGUGGGAUAUUGGAGGUCAAACGAUUGGAGGGAAAAUGCUGGAUAAAUAUGUCUAUGGUGCUCAGGUACUGUAACAACCACACACACACACACACUCAAUAAACGCUGAGGUGGUCCGUCGUUCUUCACGAUAGAGCUCUGAACCUUUUAACUGUAUUUAACUCAUUUACAAUGUAGUAGUGUUUCCCUAUUAGGCUUGGGUAAUUAAUAAGCCUUUAUGAUAAUAUUAGUGCAACAGGACCCUGCACAGAUUGCAGCCAAGUUUUACUACUUAGCUGGUCAUAUGGACUACACAGUGUACAGCAUGAGGGGGAGUAAGAAAUACCUUUCUCCCUUUCCCCGCUCUAACUUCAUUAUUUAUUAACAAAAUAAGCAUAUUUACUAAUUAAUGUGAAUAGAGUGAGGUUUGUGUUGACACUGCAAUAACACGUGGGCGGGAGUGUUAUGUUUGUGCGUUUGCUUCACUCCGCUAAGCAACAUCCAUAAGUGGUUGUUGCUAUAUAGGCUACCAUUAUCUGUCACCCAAAGCCACUGUCUACGCUCUCAAAGCUGCACUUGUUUGAAGAGGUAUAGAUAUAGCUAUAGAUCCGGUCUAGCUGAAGAGCAUGGGGCCUGUAUGGGAUGUAGAGACUGAGACAACACUUGAUGCUGUUCUUGUGUGUACACUACCGUUCAAAAGUUUGGGGUCACUUAGAAAUGUCCUUGUUUUCCAUGAAAACAUAAAUUAAAUGAGUUUGAAUAGGAAAUAUAGAAAAAUGCAUAGGAAAUGUAGUCAUUGACAAGGUUAGAAAUAAUGAUUUUUAAAAGGAAUAGUAAUUGUGUCCUUCAAACUUUGCUUUUGUCAAAUAAUCCUCAAUUUGCAGCAAUUACAGCCUUGCAGACCUUUUGGCAGUCUAGUUGUCAAUUUGUUGAGGUAAUCUGAAGAGAUUUCACCCCAUGCUUCCUGAAGCACCUCCCACAGGUUGGAUUGGUUUGAUGGGCACUUCUUACGUACCAUACGGUCAAGCUGCUCCCACAACAGCUCAAUAGGGUUGAGAUCCGGUGACUGUGCUGGCCACUCCAUUAUAGACAGAAUACCAGUUGAAUGCUUCUUCCCUAAAUAGUUCUUGCAUAGUUUGGAGCUGUGCUUUGGGUCAUUGUCCUGUUGUAGGAGGAAAUUGACUCCAAUCAAGCGCCUUCCUUCUUCAAGAUCCCUUUUACCCUGUACAAAUCUCCCACUUUACCACCACCAAAGCAACCCCAGACCAUCCCAUUGCCUCCACCAUGCUUGACAGAUGGCAUCAAGCACUCCUCCAGCAUCUUUUCAUUUGGUCUGCAUCUCACAAAUGUUCUUCUUUGUGAUCCGAACACCUCAAACUUCGAUUGUUAUGUUCAUAACACUUUUUUCCAAUCUUCCUCUGUCCAGUGUCUGUGUUCUUUUGCUCAUCUUAAUAUUUUCUUUUUAUUGGCCAGUCUGAGAUAUGGCUUUUUCUUUGCAACUCUGCCUAGAAGGUCAGCAUCCCGGAGUCGCCUCUUCACUGUUGACGUUUAGACUGGUGUUUUGCGGGUACUAUUUAAUGAAGCUGCCAGUUGAGGACCUGUGAGGCAUCUGUUUCUCAAACUAGACACUAAUGUAUUUGUCCUCUUGCUCAGUUGUGCACCGGGGCCUCCCACUCCUCUUUCUAUUCUGGUUAGAGCCAGUUUGCGCUGUUAUGUGAAGGGAGUAGUACACAGUGUUGUACGAGAUCUUCAGUUUCUUGGCAAUUUCUCGCAUGGAAUAGCCUUUAUUUCUCAGAACAAGAAUAGACUGACAAGUUUCAGAAGAAAGUUAUUUGUUUCUGGCCAUUUUGAGCCUGUAAUCGAAGCCACAAUUGCUGAUGCUCCAGAUACUAAACUAGUCUCAAGAAGGCCAGUUAUUGCUUCUUUAAUCAGCACAACAGUUUUCAGCUGUGCUAACAUAAUUGCAAAUGGGUUUUCUAAUGAUCAAUUAGCCUUUUAAAAUGAUAAACUUGGAUUAGCAAACACAAUGUGCCAUUGGAACACAGGACUGAUGGUUGCUGAUAAUGGGCCUCUGUACGCGUAUGUACAGUGGGGAGAACAAGUAUUUGAUACACUGCCGAUUUUGCAGGUUUUCCUACUUACAAAGCAUGUAGAGGUCUGUAAUUUUUAUCAUAGGUACACUUCAACUGUGAGAGACGGAAUCUAAAACAAAAAUCCAGAAAAUCACAUUGUAUGAUUUUUAAGUAAUUAAUUUGCAUUUUAUUGCAUGACAUAAGUAUUUGAUCACCUACCAACCAGUAAGAAUUCCGGCUCUCACAGACCUGUUAGUUUUUCUUUAAGAAGCCCUCCUGUUCUCCACUCAUUACCUGUAUUAACUGCACCUGUUUGAACUCGUUACCUGUAUAAAAGACACCUGUCCACACACUCAAUCAAACAGACUCCAACCUCUCCACAAUGGCCAAGACCAGAGAGCUGUGUAAGGACAUCAGGGAAAAAAUUGUAGACCUGCACAAGGCUGGGAUGGGCUACAGAACAAUAGGCAAGCAGCUUGGUGAGAAGGCAACAACUGUUGGCGCAAUUAUUAGAAAAUGGAAGAAGUUCAAGAUGACGGUCAAUCACCCUCGGUCUGGGGCUCCAUGCAAGAUCUCACUUCGUGGGGCAUCAAUGAUCAUGAGGAAGGUGAGGGAUCAGCCCAGAACUACAUGGCAGGACCUGGUCAAUGACCUGAAGAGAGCUGGGACCACAGUCUCAAAGAAAACCAUUAGUAACACACUACGCCGUCAUGGAUUAAAAUCCUGCAGCGCACGCAAGGUCCUCCUGCUCAAGCCAGCGCAUGUCCAGGCCCGCCUGAAGUUUGCCAAUGACCAUCUGGAUGAUCCAGAGGAGGAAUGGGAGAAGGUCAUGUGGUCUGAUGAGACACAAAUAUAGUUUUUUGGUCUAAACUCCACUCGCCGUGUUUGGAGGAAGAAGAAGGAUGAGUACAACCCCAAGAACACCAUCCCAACCGUGAAGCAUGGAGGUGGAAACAUCAUUCUUUGGGGAUGCUUUUCUGCAAAGGGGACAGGACGACUGCACCGUAUUGAGGGGAGGAUGGAUGGGGCCAUGUAUCGCGAGAUCUUGGCCAACAACCUCCUUCCCUCAGUAAGAGCAUUGAAGAUGGGUCGUGGCUGGGUCUUCCAGCAUGACAACGACCCGAAACACACAGCCAGGGCAACUAAGGAGUGGCUCCGUAAGAAGCAUCUCAAGGUCCUGGAGUGGCCUAGCCAGUCUCCAGACCUGAACCCAAUAGAAAAUCUUUGGAGGGAGCUGAAAGUUCGUAUUGCCCAGCGACAGCCCCGAAACCUGAAGGAUCUGGAGAAGGUCUGUAUGGAGGAGUGGGCCAAAAUCCCUGCUGCAGUGUGUGCAAACCUGGUCAAGACUUACAGGAAACGUAUGAUCUCUGUAAUUGCAAACAAAGGUUUCUGUACCAAAUAUUAAGUUCUGCUUUUCUGAUGUAUCAAAUACUUAUGUCAUGCAAUAAAAUGCAAAUUAAUUACUUAAAAAUCAUACAAUGUGAUUUUCUGUUUUAGAUUCCGUCUCUCACAGUUGAAGUGUACCUAUGAUAAAAAUUACAGACCUCUACAUGCUUUGUAAGUAGGAAAACUUGCAUAAUCGGCAGUGUAUCAAAUACUUGUUCUCCCCACUAUAGAUAUUCCAUUAACAAUCAGCCGUUUCCAGAUACAAUAGCCAUUUACAACCACAAUGUCUACACUGUAUUUCUGAUCAAUUUGAUGUUAUUUUAAUGGACAAAAAAUUGCUUUUAUUUUGAAAACAAGGACAUUUCUAAGUGACCCCAAACCUUUGAACGGUAGUGUAGGUCGGUUCUGUCGGUCUCUGUACUGUAAUACCACCUCAGCCGCCCUGCCCCGCACACUCACACCCAACAACAACGUGUCGUCCAUCAAUGCCACAUUGGAAUACUUUGCUCUGCGGGUUUCUCACCAGCGCUUUAUGGGGCUUUCACAACCAUUGUUCGACGAGCCACGGGCGACAAUCAAUCAUAGUCAUUGGUAGCGACGUGCUGCAAUUGUAACUGACACAAACUGUCGUCACCGGCCUUGUGUUGUGACAUUGCUGCAGUUCUGUUUCAUGAUGAUGCAAUCAAAGGCGAGACAUUAUUUAUUUUGGUCCCUUUUCAUAUUCUAUAGUCUUUUGGAAUGGUGAAGAGCUAACUGACACAGUUUUGGCACUUGAGGCUUUUGUUUUUAACAUGGAAGUGUUUCAUCUUUGUUUACAUAUAAGCUAGUACAGACGCCAGCUUUAACGGUCUGGUUACUCGGACGGACACCUUUUGUGCUUUGCUAUAGGACUGCUUCCGUUCUUGUACUUACGCUGACAAUACUUCCACAAAGUAUUUCGACGAAGGGAGGAGGAUGAGACCUCAUUCAUAAACACCCGUAUACUACCCUCUUUUAUUUGUAAGCACAGACAACAGAGCCAAUUUUGUUGCCAGAGAACCUAACCUAACCCCUAUCCUACCUUCCUAUGCUUGUUUGACUGGGUGGACAAAACUCUGCGGUCCCCCUCGCCUCGAUGUCCACAGACAGACAGAUUAGAGUGUAGGCGUAGUGGUGGGCUGUAUGUUCUUAGCAUGUCUCUCUGCAUCUGUAACAGCGAUAUAGAUCUUUUAAUGCCAUGACUGGCUUAGAGAGAGCCGAGGAGGUGCUAACUCCGUGUGUGUGUGUGUGUGUGUUUUGAGACGGAGGGGGGGUAAGAAGAAGGGUAACUGUCUUUUCUCAGACACUAGUGCCACCUGCUGUUCACACUCAAACCUCUCUGGCAUGUUUGUUCUCAUCUUAUGUCAAAUUUAAUUCGUUUUGGAAUGUUGUGAUUACAUCAUUUUAGAUUUUCCAUGGUAUUGUUUUUCAGGGUGUUCUUCUAGUGUACGACAUUACAAACUACCAGAGCUUUAAGAAUCUGGAGGACUGGUACGGCAUGGUCAAGAAGGCCAACGAAGAGUCUGACGUCCAGCCUGUG